AUGCACACCAUGAGGAGACCGGACCGCUUUUUUGCGAGGGUCCUCCUCGUAUUUAUUCCCCUAGCCCUGAUCAUGUCCACGGAGGGGUGGGUAUCCGUGAGCCUCGCGGAAGCCGCACAUACCUCGCCAGCGAGUGGGGGGGUGCGGGCUCGGCGAGCUCAACGGAGAAUCAAACAGAGUGCAGACGCCGUCACCGCUUCUGAUCUUGGGAACGAGCUGAUGGAGGUUGUUGCAGAGGAGGCGGGCAAGCCCGUCGAAGAAAUUAUCCCUCCUGAGGGGCAAAAAGGUUUUAUCGCGGAGAUGGGUGUCGCAGCAGGGAUUCAGAUCACCUUUACUCCAAGCGAUAUCGUUCGCCUGUUUGGCGCCUCUCUUCUGCGGCGACUCAUCGCUCUCACGGACUACUGGAAGCUGACGGAGCUGCCGGCUUUCGACCGCGUGCUCAUUUCCAGGAUUCCGCCGGGCGGCGCGCAUCAGGGGGCCCCGUCCGCGUGCGUUUCCGUGACCGGCUUUGAUUCAUCCGAAGCGACGGCGCCGAUCAUUUUUGCGAACGGGCUCGAGUUCGUGCAGAUGCUAUUCAUGGUCAUGUCCACGAUGCACCAGGCGUCGUCGCUGACUGACACCAAAGCGCUUCUCUCCUUUGUGCCGCUGCUGCGCACCUGGCGAAUGGUCGCACAGCUGUCGAUGCUCUACUACACUUUCCUCGCGGUGCCAAUAGGCGCCGCGAUCCGCAUGCUUGAGGAGAAGAUUCUGCCGUCGCGCUCGGGCGACGCGCACGACGAAGCGCAAAACAGGCUGUCCGAGCUCAAAAAGAUCCACACAGUUGUGAGUGGGAUGCUGCCAUCGGGAGUCAAGGCCAAAGAUCUUACCAUUCAGCUCGACACGACAGACGCCCUCGACAAGGCUAUCGCGGACGCCUGCGUUGAGUCUGAGAUUCCGCUUGUUCGAUACGGAAAGGGGAGCGCGUUCCUGAAGAAUGCGCUCGCGAAUCGCUCCUCGUUCUUUCAACAGCUGCACCGCGGCGGGCCCCACGCGAACGACGUCGUCGGCGAGCUCGUGCAUCACGCAGUUACCAAGUUUUUUGAGGCUCACGGGCACUCUCUGAGCGUCGCAGAACUCAUGAAGCCCGACUUCUGGGCAAACGAGGAGGAGGCGGCGGCCAUGCUCGACGAAAUCCUUCAAAUGACAAACCGCGAAGUGCAGGCGGCGUUUAAGCUCAUUCAGAGCCGCCUCGAGGGUCAGGUCUCCCCCCAGGAGCUGCUCGGCGACUUGACGCAAGAGUAUGAGACGUCGGAGAAAGCGGUGAAACAGCUCAGCAGCGUCUUCGUGAAUCGCAUCAAAGAAGCGGAAGCGGCGAUUGCCAAAUUUGUCGAGCGCGAGAACGCGGCCGGUCUUUGCCAACUCGUGCGGAACGCAGACACCGAAGCGCACCCGUGGAUUUCGCAGUUGAUUUACAUGCAUGCGGAGCUGAGGCAAUUUUGCAAAAAGAGCCCGAAGUUCUGCCAGGAGCUCCUGGAAUGCCUCGAAGCUGAGCCGCCGUCCUUUCCGGGAGCGAUGACGACAUUUGAAUUUAUUCCUGUGCUCAAGUCUAUAACGGAUGCCUCGAUGGAGGGCGGCGCGCGCGUUUUCGCCCACUCGCUCUCGUCCGAGCUGAAGGAGGAGGCUCAGCAAAUUGAACACAUCGAACACGCGGAAACUAUGGAGGAGGAGGCGAAGGAAGGCACAGCAGAGGAGAAAGCGGAGGAUGGCGAGUCGCAGCCGGCUGCCUCGUCUCGUCCCCCGGCUCAUCAGCCUGAGAGGGAAGACGAAGCAGACGCACCAGCGCCUGUUAGGUCCCGUGCAGAACUGUCCAGCGACCAGAAGGCCUUCCUCGCCGACGCUGGAAACUUUCGGGCCUCACUCCGUCUCGCCAGCCAGGCCAUGGUCCGCAUGCUGCUGCAGACGUUUCGCUAUUUCGCGGCGUCGCGAGACCUGAGCGCCGGGGCGUUGGCGAGGCUCGCCACGGACUGCGCGGUUCUUGAGGAAGGCGCGGAAGUUAUGCAAGAAAUUGAAGAGGCGGCGGCGCGCUUGCCUUCGGGCGGCGAUCACGCAGGCCCGCCUAAGGCGGACGCAUCCGGUCCUUCGUCAUUUCUGGUCGAGAAGCAGGCUGCGGUGCCUUUGCGAGACGAGGCCUCGCAGUCCGCCCCCGCUUCCCGGUUUCAAUCCUCUUUCUUCGAGGGUCUGCGGCCGUUCAGGUCCUCGCUCUUCUCCGCGUUCUCGCGCGGGCUGCCGUCAUUCGCGGCCUCCACAGGUUUCCUGCAAACCUGGGCGCCUGCCCCUUCGCGCGCCGCCGCUCCGGCGUCUCUGGCGGCCUCAGCGCCAGCGGCUACGCUUCCAGCGGCCGCGUUCCUCGAGGCAGCAACUGCUGUGGGCAAACGCAGAUCGCGGAAGCGUAGAGGCAAGUUUAGGCGGAAGAGAAAAUCGAAGAAGAAAGCGAAGAAACGCAGGCCGUCGCAUGGAGACCUUGCAGGCGCCGCUGCGCUGCACGACGCCUUCCGCUACAACAGAGCCGCGGCGUGUUUCGCCGUUGCUCUGGACGCCGGAAAACUGUUUAAGAACCAAGGCUGGAGCAAGAUCGAGUCCGACGAACAAUCCACCGCGGCCCUCGUUGGGUCUGCGCAGCGCAUGCAGUCAUCUUGGAAAAAUAGAAUCUUUUCCGCCAACGCUGGUGCUCGCACGCGCAUCGCGAUCCUGAACCCCCUCGGCAUCGCGGCUUUCAGCCCCAGCGCCUUCAUCAAACUCCGGGAACACGUCCUUUCUUGGUUCACUGUGGAAGUCAAGUUCCUCUUCAAGCGAUGCAGCACUCUGGCGGGCGCGCCGGCGCACGUUCCGCCCUCGCACGUUGCAGAGUCUCUUUCCGACUUCGGUUUCUCUGACACCGCCAUCACUUUGCUUCAACGCCUCUUUGAUGAAACUUGCGCUUUCAUAACCGACCGAAAGGAUCUUGCGUCCCUGCUUGUGCCCUUCGCCUUGACUGAGAAGGCCGAACACAUUCCAGACAGCGCCACGCUUGACCCCUUGCUAACGGGCUUCCUACGCUUGAUCGCUCGAAACCAUCUUGGCUUGACGUUCGAAAAGCCAUUCAACAGCGCAAUCGAAGCAGCGAAAGCCGUGCAGUCUCUAGGGAGGCGAAAGUAUGAGGUGGCGAAGCUCGUCACAGCUUUAGGUCUCUCGACUCCCGUUUCGCAUAUCAAGAAAUCGUUCGAUGAACGAGGACUCCGCGUGUGGAUGGCGCGCCUGGAGGCGGCGAAUGAACAGCUCAUGACAGGCAACGCCAAGCAGAAGAAGCUUCUCACGUCUCGAAUCGACACGAUCAAAGGCCGCCUCAGCGUCCUCGAGUGCCUGAUCGAGCGCAACUCGCUGCUGCGGCCGCCUGCGUUGUCCGCUUGCCCUGCUGAUGCCGGGAUCCUCGCGAAAGGCACAGAUCUCGAGAAGACGUAUCAAGAGUGCCUGGCGCGCGACCAUUCAGCCCCGGUCAAGCAGAAGCGGAAGAGGCGCAAGAAGGGGGAGCCGGCAGUUGGGCCCUCUGACGCGGACACGCAGUCUGCGGCGGCCCCUGAGAGCGCCGCAGGACACGCCGAUGAGUCGGCAGUUUCCUCAGAUGCCUCGGAAGCCGCAGCAAACCGUCCCUCGGUCCACCAUGCGCCGCAUGGCGCCGCGGAGCACGGAGCUGGGCCCGCUCACAGCGGCGCCGGCCUGCAUGCACCCGCCUCCGAGUCGGACGAGUUCCGCGAGGUCUCAUCGCAGGCGCACGGUUUAGGCGCUCGCCACGGUCGCGCUGGUGCCCACCCUGGCCCCAAGGCGGCCGCCGACCCCCGCGGAGACCCCGCGGGGUCUCACGGCCACGCCGCGGCUGCUGAGGCGCAUCGGCCGGAAGGCUCCGCUGAGCACCAUGCAGCUGAGAGUCCCGCGAAAUCGCACACUCCUGACGCCGGAGGCGCAGGUCACCACGAGGCCGCCGAAGGCCACCAGACAGCGGCUCACGCGCUUGCAGGUGCGCCUGGCAAGGACGCGCAGGCGACCGCAGAGCCCGAGGGCUCGGAGACGCAUGGCGCCACAGCCGCCAGCCACGCGGCCCAUGACGACCACCGUAGAAAGUCGAAAAAACACAGGAGGAAAAAGUCGGGUGGCACCAAGACGGGGCAUCAAGAGGGAAGCGCCGAGAGCCACGGAGCCCAGAAGGCUCAUCACAAGGAGGCCGCCGGCCCCCGCGGAGACCCCGCGGGGUCUCACGGCCACGCUGCGGCUGCUGAGGCGCAUCGGCCGGAAGGCUCCGCUGAGCACCAUGCAGCUGAGAGUCCCGCGAAAUCGCACACUCCUGACGCCGGAGGCGCAGGUCACCACGAGGCCGCCGAAGGCCACCAGACAGCGGCUCACGCGCUUGCAGGUGCGCCUGGCAAGGACGCGCAGGCGACCGCAGAGCCCGAGGGCUCGGAGACGCAUGGCGCCACAGCCGCCAGCCACGCGGCCCAUGACGACCACCGUAGAAAGUCGAAAAAACACAGGAGGAAAAAGUCGGGUGGCACCAAGACGGGGCAUCAAGAGGGAAGCGCCGAGAGCCACGGAGCCCAGAAGGCUCAUCACAAGGAGGCCGCCGGCCCCCGCGGAGACCCCGCGGGGUCUCACGGCCACGCUGCGGCUGCUGAGGCGCAUCGGCCGGAAGGCUCCGCUGAGCACCAUGCAGCUGAGAGUCCCGCGAAAUCGCACACUCCUGACGCCGGAGGCGCAGGUCACCACGAGGCCGCCGAAGGCCACCAGACAGCGGCUCACGCGCUUGCAGGUGCGCCUGGCAAGGACGCGCAGGCGACCGCAGAGCCCGAGGGCUCGGAGACGCAUGGCGCCACAGCCGCCAGCCACGCGGCCCAUGACGACCACCGUAGAAAGUCGAAAAAACACAGGAGGAAAAAGUCGGGUGGCACCAAGACGGGGCAUCACGAGGGAAGCGCCGAGAGCCACGGAGCCCAGAAGGCUCAUCACAAGGAGGCGCACGAACAUUCUGCUCACUCAGGAGGGCUUCCAGAGAGCUCCGAGACGCAUGGAGAUGCCUCAGCCUCUUAUCACGACGGUCAUGCUGAAAAGCAUGGGAGUCACGAGGGCCACCACAAGGGAUCCCGUUUCGCUCAUCGCGAGCCGGCGGCUCAUGACCACCCAGAGGGCGACGCAGAAGCGAAACGGAAGGCCGAGAUCAUUGAGGCCAGAAAAAAGCGGAAAGAGGCAAAGAAGGAGAGGAAACGCCUGGCUGCGGAGCGGAAGGCCGCCAUGCAGCACCAGUCGAAACCGCGAGGACUGUCCAAGAAGCAAAAAAAGCGACACGCAAAGAAAGAGACGAAAGCGGAGCACGCCACCUCAAAAGCAGCCUAUGCCCUUCAGCUCUCUCAAAGUCGGCACGACGGACUCGAGCACAAAACCUGGGAGCGAGAAAUCGAAUCCCAUGUUGCGUGA